CUUCACUACUUUUGUCAGACAAAAGACACAUAUUUCAACGACAGUUAUUGCUACUUUUAGAUUAGUUUACUGAAUUGAUUUCCUUAUCAAAAAGUGAGCACGCACUGUACGUUGUUUUAUCAUCAGCUAGGCAGCGUUUCCCAGUCAUCCUAGAUGGGCAGUUUGCGCGUGCGCACAAACUUUAGAUACUUUACUCAUAUAUAUCGUUCGCAGAUAGUUGGAGUGGGCGUGUUUUAUUUUAAUGGGCGUGUACAUCUGGCUAUAUAAUACGAAGUUGAACGCUGCGCGCUCCUUUUUAGCUGAACUAAGUUGUGACCAUCAUGGUCACAAUGCAGGUACUUAAUUGGGCGCUGCUGCUACUUGCCACGCUCUGCCCCUACACUGCAGUCGACGCCUCUACGCCAGAUGAACGCCUCGAAGACUACUUCAAGCAGAAGUUGGACGACUUCAAGAUAAAGCUACACGAAGCCUUCGAAAAGGCCAGAUUACAGCGCCACAAGCGAAGUGUGAUGGCGCCGGACAGUCCUGACUAUGGCGUCCUUCCUCAAGAUCAUCUUCGCGUCAUCGGAACGAAGCCAGUGGACCUGGGCAUCCGCCUGGGAAACGUGUCUUGUUGGGAACCGGCGUACGUCCUCGGCUCGACAUUUCUCGUGGUCGCGACCAGCACCGGGCAGGUCGAGCUGCUGCGAUGGACCAACGGGCGCUACGCUACAUUCGCUGGAAUGGCCACGAGUUUGACAACGGCCAAAGUCAAGGCGUUUGUGUACAGCGACCAGUUAUGGAUAGUAUGCCUACACCAGAGACAUGGUGGCCGAGAUCAUUUCGUGCGACUGUACCUGCUUCAAGGUGAAAAACUGGUCGCAAAGCAGACCAUCGAACUUGGUGGCGAAUCGGACAUCGACGUAGUUCGCGGUGCUUCGGCCCACUAUCUGGUCACGUGUGUGUUCCGAAGCUACUCCGGUUCUGGCACAUCGUACAAUGGAAAGCUUGUCCUUUACCAAUGGAAGAACACGCAGUUUGACGCAGUGUCGCAGCAUUCGGUGAUAGGAGCCAAAUCGGUCGUUGCCUGGAGUAUGGAUGGACCACUGUACAUUGCUGUUGCUCAACAGAGAGAUAACGCUGGCGAACUUUUCUUGGGAUCUCCUGUAUUCAUCUACAACCAGCGUCGUGAGUAUGAGCUGAGCUAUGUGCAGGUGAUCAGGUUUUGGCAGGCUUUGAAGGUGAACCACUUCACGGUUGCUGGCAUCCACUACCUGACUUUCCUGACUAGGCAGGGAGUCUUCCUCUACUGGUAUGCCGGUGAUCAGUUCCUGGAAUGGCAGACCCUAUUGAAUACUGAGGGUGCAGAGGACGUCUCAAUCUUCACGCUGCCAAACGGUGAAGCAGCCAUUGCAGUUGUGCGAAGGGAUGAAGUGAUGUUUUUCUUGGAGACGGAGUCCUCAACGUACAACUGCACGUUCAUCCUGAAGAUGGCUGGCAUGUCUCUCUCCAGUGUGGUGUUCCAGUUCAUCGAAGGCCAGUUCUUCAUGUUUGCAACCCAAGCGGUGCCUUCUCCACCCCAGCCACCUCUGCACCUUGUUCUACAGAAAUACAGCUUCGUUGCCCAAGGGAAACCAGGAUCCUCUCCUCGACUGCCUUCAGGGCCUGGAGAACUCCCUUUUGCGGCGGCAGGCUCACGUGGACCACCUGGCGGCGAACAUCGGGCGCGUCUGGACGUCCAGCGGGCAGAAGCCGCUCGCCACCGAGCUUCUGGUCAUUGA